CAACGGGCCGGUGAGGAGCAGCCGCCGCCGUCUCCGCCGUCGCUGGGGCAGCUGCCGCGGUGGUCGCCUCUGGCAGUGCCGCUAGCUUUCAGGCAGUCGCCUCUCCUCCCGACAUCCCGCCUUGAGGAGGCUGAGGCGGAAUCGCGGCUGGCGGCGGGGGGACGGACCGGCCCUGCAGUGGCCGCAGUGACAGCCCGGACCCGACCCUCCGCCCGCUCUCGCCUCGGCGCCCGCAGCCACGAUGAACCGGGGCGGCGGCAGCCCGUCGGCCGCCGCCAACUACCUGCUCUGUACCAACUGCCGGAAAGUGCUGCGGAAGUGCUGGAAUGAAUCCAUUCAUCUUUAAAUACUUAACUGCUUCUACUACAAUGAGUACUACUGCCAGUUUCCACUAAUAAUAGCAGUACUCAUGGCUGCCAUUUCCAGAGUACUCACUAGGAUAAAAGAAUCAGAGUGUCUCAACCCUUGACAAGAGGACCAAGUGCCUUUAUUCCAGAGAAGGAAGCUGAUGAGAUGAAAUUGUAAAUGUAUGUAAUCAGAUGCUACUGCUUGUGCUUUACCACACAUUGGUGUGACAAUGGCCAGGCAAAUGGACCCUGAAGAAUCUACCUAAUACGCCUAGCAAAACAGAUGGAAGCUUCUUUUCUUCAUUCAUAGCUGUUGUCCAAGCAAACACAGUGGAUGAACGUACUAACUUUCUUGUGGAAGAAUACUCCACAUCCGGUCGUCUGGACAACAUCACACAGGUCAUGAGUUUACACACUCAGUACCUGGAGUCUUUCUUGCGGAGCCAGUUUUACAUGUUGCGCAUGGAUGGUCCCCUUCCUCUACCAUACAGGCACUAUAUUGCAAUAAUGGCUGCAGCUAGACAUCAGUGUUCUUACUUAAUAAACAUGCAUGUGGAUGAAUUUUUAAAGACUGGAGGUAUUGCUGAGUGGUUGAAUGGUUUGGAAUAUGUGCCACAAAGACUGAAAAAUCUUAAUGAAAUUAAUAAGCUGCUAGCACAUCGACCUUGGCUGAUCACAAAAGAGCACAUUCAGAAACUUGUCAAAACUGGAGAAAAUAAUUGGUCUCUGCCUGAACUGGUACAUGCUGUGGUCCUCCUGGCACAUUAUCAUGCUUUGGCAAGCUUUGUUUUUGGUAGUGGUAUCAAUCCAGAGAGAGAUCCAGAAAUCUCCAAUGGAUUCAGGCUAAUAUCAGUCAACAAUUUCUGCGUUUGUGAUCUUGCUAAUGACAACAACAUAGAGAAUGCAUCUCUUUCAGGCAGCAACUUUGGGAUUGUGGAUUCUCUAAGUGAGCUAGAGGCCUUAAUGGAAAGGAUGAAAAGACUUCAAGAAGAAAGGGAAGAUGAAGAGGCGUCUCAGGAAGAAAUGAGCACUCGUUUUGAAAAGGAGAAGAAAGAAAGUCUUUUUGUGGUCUCUGGAGAUACUUUUCAUUCAUUUCCUCAUUCAGAGUGGUCUUUCACCUUCAUCUCGUCUCCUUCCUCUCAUCCCACUUCAUCCCCUGGAGAGAUAAAAACAAAACCAAAAGAAUGGUUAAGCUGCACUUCGGGAGGCCAAGAUUUUGAGGAUGACAUGAUUAUAACAUCUGAUGUCUCUCGAUAUAUUGAAGACCCUGGUUUUGGGUAUGAAGACUUUGCCAGACGAGGAGAAGAGCAUUUGCCAACAUUCCGAGCUCAGGACUAUACCUGGGAAAAUCAUGGGUUCUCCCUGGUGAACAGACUUUAUUCUGACAUUGGACAUCUUCUUGAUGAAAAGUUUCGGAUGGUCUACAAUCUCACAUAUAACACUAUGGCCACCCAUGAGGAUGUUGACACGACCAUGCUGCGCAGAGCUUUAUUUAACUACGUUCACUGUAUGUUUGGAAUCAGGUAUGAUGACUAUGAUUAUGGAGAAGUUAAUCAAUUACUUGAAAGAAGCCUGAAGGUUUACAUUAAGACAGUGACCUGCUAUCCUGAGAGAACUACAAAACGCAUGUAUGAUAGUUACUGGCGGCAGUUCAAACACUCAGAAAAGGUUCAUGUCAAUCUACUUUUAAUGGAAGCACGAAUGCAAGCUGAACUUCUUUAUGCUCUUCGUGCCAUAACUCGGCAUUUGACCUGAAGUAUCACCCAAGGAAAAUGUCAUACAUGUGUAAAGACCUUUCACAUAAGAUAAACAUCGAAGCUAUUUGUGAUAUAGCAUCAAAAAUUAUUCAGUUCUCUAGUGUCAAAGUUUAGCCGUUUGUUUUUUGUUUUUGUUUUUUGCGGCUGUAAUGUGCAAUGAUGUGUUUUAUUUUCCUUGAUGCUUAACAUUACUAACAAUUGCAAAAAUAAUACUGAGGAGCACUACUUUGCAUUGUUUAUAGUUGGAGUUUUGGAUACUGAUCAUAAAUCAUGAAUCUGGCGUAUUAAUGCUUAACUUCAGCGCUUUUGGGUUGUGUGUAUGUGUAUUUUUUCUCCCCCCACCCCGCCCUUUUUUUUUAAGAAUAAGGACAAGUGCUUACAAUCUGCUCAAGCAAUUGUUUUUCAGAUAUUGGAAUUCAGCAAAGAGUGACCUCUCUGGCCAUUCUAAAAUUUUAAUGUUGUGUCCUAAAUCUGGUGGAGGAAAAGCAUGCGCUGUUGAACCAAGCUGCUCACUGGACACAUAUUUGUGUCCCCAGGAGAUUAUUUGUCAGGCACUGUUUUUUUUUUUGUUUGUUUGUUCAUUUAUUGUUGUUUUACUGCUAUUGGCGAUAACAUGAAAUGUGAUACAGCUAUUGCCCAUAAUUUAAUGUGAAAUUAAUCAUGAUGAAUUCUAUAGCAUGCUACUGAAAUGCCAAAUUCAGCUAUUUUCAUUCUCUUCUAAAAUGGAAGUUUCAGUUUUCCAUAUCAGAUGUAUAUAUUAUAAGUGGAAUUAUACACAAUCCUAUCACUGACAGUAAUCCUCAGUCACCUUAAAUAGUCAGUGCUCACAGUGCUGCUUACAGUUCAUUUAGUUGGCACAUAUAAACCUGUACCCACACAAGACUGACCAAAAAUUUUCUUUGCACAUUUUUCCUUUCUCAUAGUUUUUUUCUAUAUUUCGUUAAGCAAAGGAAGGUUAAUAUGCCUAUUUUUCCUGUUAGGCUUUUAGAAAUUAUUUUCCAUGACUUUUGUUCUUAUAAUAGGUUAGACAGUUUAUUAUUCAAAGGUAAAAAUUGUGUUUCUAUGCAUUAAUGUGAUUGAACUACAAAAACAGUGCAAUAUGUUCAAAAAAUACUCAACUAAACUUUCCCCCGUCAUAUCACUGCAAAAGUGUCCUUUUAAACAGAGCCAUAAAGAAAUUUUUUUCAAAUUUCUUUAUUGCACAGGCUUUUUUCAGUUUUACCUUUCUGGGAUUGAACAAUGUUCCUUUCAUAAUGCCAAAGCAUUCCCUUCCCCAGAAAAAUCUCCUUGGACAACUGGUUUAAAAACGUUAUUAAGUCAUAGGGGAGGAAUAAGCGGCCAAAAAGUCACAUUUUUGCAUUGGUUUACGUUGCUUGAUUAGACUAUCUUCAGAGAGCACAACAUUAUGUGUUUAUAGCUUUAAUUUGUAUUAUGUCAACGAACCAGUGAAGUGCCUAAAGAGAUGCUUACAACUAUCCAGUAGGACACAACUGCACUGCUUUUUAAACACUUUUUGGUUAGUUAAGGGUGACUUGAAUUGUACACAUACAUGCUAAUUUUUGAAAACUUAUCCAUUUUUCAUAGUAAAUAAUAUAGAUAAAAUUUUCUGAUAGAGUUCCCGCAAAUAUUUCAUUUUAGACUUACUUGUGAUAUAAGAUUUAACUUUUCUUUUGUGAAAGAAUCGUGAACUAGUGUUUCAUGAAAUCAUUUUCCUCUUCCAUUUAUCAUCCUCUUCUGGUACAAUAUAUUGGGUUGCUUUCUUUUAGAUUUUGUUCCAGAUAGGAAAACAAAUAUGACUGUAUACUUAUUAACAUAAGGUAGUUCUGCAUUUUUGGAUUCCAGGAUCCUGUUUGAAAUCUUCCAUGUGAGGAAAAAAUUACUAAUAUUUUUAAAGACAGGGUGGUUUAUUUAAAGAGAUUAUUCAGAGAACUUGUGCCAUAUCUCGUCUGUUUUAUUGCAUAUGCCAUAUGUUAACUUUUAUUCAAUAUUACAUUAUGUAGAUAUGUAAUACAAAGAAAAUAUUUAGGAGAAUGGCAAAACACAAAUGGCAACAUAAAUGUCCAUUUGACUUACCUAACUUCACAACUUUCAAGUUGAGGAUGUCAUUUAUUCUUGAAUUUGUUUUUUUACUAGAUGCUUUCAAUUAAUAGCCCUAUAUUUUUGUGCAGGUGAACUGUAUAACAGGAUAAAAAAUGAUUUGUAUGUAUUGAAAAGGAGGAGAAAUUCUCACAGAACACCAUAUGAGCUUUAGACCAAAAGGGGAAACAAGGUUUAAGUAACUAAAAUGGCCACUUAGUUUGUGUUUAUUUUUUUCCCUGGAAAUGUAAGUAGUUGGAGUUUAGGCUAUGGAAAUAUUAGUGCCUUUAAUAGAUCUCUUUCCUUGCAAAGUUUCUUUUUAGCUCAGCAUUGAUCUAUCUUAUCAAUAGGAAAAUAAGUUGACUUGGAACUAUAAACAAAAACAACACCAUAUAUUUAUGAACCUCAGUGAACCAGCCUAGAAAAAUUGACUUCUGCAGGUGCUAAAGCACCUACUAAUACGCAGCAUGCACAGCAUUUCAGGUUGUGAAUACCAUUUUACGACGAGUUUGCUGUUAACUCUCUUUAUCCAAUGCAAACUUGAAAUUCUGAUGCGGUUUUCCAGGGUGGUAUUUUUUCAGAGUAUUGAAUUUACUAUUUAGUAAUUUAUAGUAUAGCUUUUUAUAUUAAAAUGUGAUAUUUUUAAAAGAGAUAUCUGGUUCAAUUGGUAUAAUGACGUGAUUAUGCAAUAUGCUGAUCUACACCUUGCGCUCACAUUGUGCCAAACUUAAAUGUGCGAGUGUACGUGAGAAAAGCACAUGUGAAUGUGAAUUCUUUAAUUCUUUGCUUAUUAUGUUAAAAUUAGUCUUCAUAGUCCACUGAUGUGUAUGCUUGAAUAAUGUCUAUUUACUUUGGAAUUUCAAGAUUUCCAGCUUCAAUGGUAAUUUAUAAUUUCUCAGAUCACCUUAAGAAAUAUUGAGAUACUCUCCCACCUGAAAAUAAUCUGUUCUUUAACCCACCUGACUAUGGGAGUAGCCAGGCAGGUGCCUCACUGGCUUCUUCGGAUGAGGCUUCCUCAGGUGGAUAUAUGACUAUUAGGGGAAAAGAGGCUUUUGAGACAGCUUAUUACCUCCUUCACCUUUUUGAACUAAGUACAUUGUCUCAGUCCCAGUAUGAAUUUGUCCCAUUUGGGGUAUUUUUAAAAUAAAAGAUGGCUAACAUGGAAUCUGGGGCAUAGCCUUGGCCUCUAAUUAUGGUUGUAAGCCCAAAUAAUGGCAGAGAAACACAGGGCUGUUUUUACAACAGAAAACUCAAUAUAAGUUUUAUAAAAGAAUCCUAUAAAAUUUGAACCAGAGCUCCUAUUUAAUUGUUAUAACGUCUCCUAAAGAUUUUAAAUGCUUCUAAAAGCUAAUUAUUAUUCCAGAGCAACUUUUUCCUUUUCCCCCUUAUGAAGUUUUUUUUAAAAUCCAAAAUCUUAGAUUUCUGUGCCACAGCAAAAUAAAAUGAUCAACAAACAAAGAUCUGUACUUAAAAUAGUACACCAUUUUUAGUGGAGGGAGGGUGCAUGCCUAUAUGAUGGUAAGAUUCUUUUGAACUCUAAGGACAAUUCCUCAUGGAAAAAAUAAAUUUCAGUGCAUAUUAUAAAAAUGAUUUGCACUGUGUUAGCAAAAUAAGGUGUUUUAGGUUGCAUUUUAAAGACAAUUCUAAAUCAUUUCUCUGGAAAGCAAGACCUUAAAUUCUUCUCUUUAAUAGGACUGCUUUUAUGCAAAGAGAUGGUCUUACAUGGAGUAAACAGUACAUAACAAUAAUGUUAUGUAAAUAGUAUAUCACAUUUGCUUAGUAGCACAAUUCAACAGCAGACUGAAAGUCGUGGCUCCUCUGCUCAGAUUGAGUUUUAAGUUACCUAAUUUAUGUAAUCAGAAUCUAUUCUAGGUGGCCGUCAACAUAAACUGUGUUUCCCUGUUAUAUCCCUCUGGAGACUGAGAAUCAAAUUAAAUAGUCUUUCUUCAAAGCAGUACUGUAACAUGAAUGUAUUUAUCUCAGUCAACAGAACUUAUAUGCCCACUGUAUGUGGAGCUUAUUUCAAUGCUAAUUUGGCUUAGUUAACAGACCUAGAAUCUGCCCAGGUGAGACCUAGAACAAAAAUAGCUGGGGUGAAAUGGGUAAGAGAGGUAGAGGUAUAUGUCAAGGCAGAGCCCUAUGAGGAAGGAAGAGUUUUCAAAGAAUACGAGGAACAUAGUGCUGAGAGUGUGGCUGCCUUCAGCACCGUACACCUAAUCUAGAGAAAAUAUUUCCCAUGUGGGAGGUCCUGUCUGCAUUCAGUCCACCCUUUUCUGCCUGCUUCUUCUUCCUCCAAGUGCCUCAACCUCUACAUGCUCACUCUCCUCCCCUUCCCUCAGCCCAUCUUGGUCUAAGCAGCUUUCACAAUCCAAACCAAACAUCACCAGCCACCCGCUGAUAAGUCACCAGCAUUUACUUUCCUGAGUUACUUUUUCUCCAUUCAUUGAGACUAUGGAUUCAUCCCAACUCCUUCUAAAUCCCUCAACCAUCCAGCUAUAUUUUGGCUAACCUUUGCCCUAGACACUCUACCAGAUGUUAAUGCAGUAUCACUUGUAAAUUGUGUCACCCUAUUCUGUUCUACCCUUUUCCCUGCUGCCGAAAUAUCUUGCUCUCCUCUACCUCAUCCCCAAAGAGCCUAUAAAUUCAGAGUAUCCAACCUUUUCAUGGAUUCACUCACUGUUGUUCAGUAAUACAACUUCCAUAUUUUAAAUAAAUCAUAAAAGAUUUUUGCCUUCUAUCAAAGUAGGAAACUUUAUAUUUAUACAUGAUACAGAAAUUGAACUAUUUCUAUCGUUCAGAAUUUAGCAUAUAACAGGAUUUUAAAGUGAUUGAAUUGCCAUCCUAACUUGGAUUUGUAUUAGGUUAUGAAUACUGUUGUUAGUCCAAGCUAUUUGAAUGUAAAGUUAAAAUUCUCCAGCAAUCCAGAAUGACUUGUAACCCUUCAGUGGAAUGGGAAAUUUCUGGCAUGCAAAUAGGGUGGUGUUCCAGACAUUUGUUUUAUUGGUGGUGUUUGGGCCUUGAAACACAUUUCUAAUAGAAUGACAUAUGGCAAAGGGUAUUUAGAUGGUCCUAUGGGAUCACAGAAGCCCAUAUGAUUUAUAAUACAGAUAAAAUAACACAAAAUUGGGUACAUAAGGGUUUAACCAGGCUUUCCUGGGUUAGACUAAGCCUCUAACCUCUGUUCCUAUCCUGUUCUUAUGGGAGGAAAAAAAAUGUUCCAUGGGAUGAAAAGAAAAUGCAUUGUCCUUGUAGUCUUUAUUCUCCUAGCCGCACUUCGGGUAUAUCCAGAAGGAAGAGGAAAUGCAAAGAGGAAGAAGAUGUAAUAGUUCUUCUCUCCAGCUAGGUGCACUUGAGGUUGUUGAUAAAUGUAAAAUUAUGUCAGGUUUCUAACAUGGGACACUGCACACAGUUGUCUGACCUGAUGAACCAUCCCAUUUGAAAGUAUAGAUUAUUAUUUCUUGUAGUAUUUGGUUGUUUUCCAUCUCAUUCUUGAACAACUCAACCUGAUAGUAGUAUCCAAUAAAUGCCUUUCAGGGCUCAGGAAUGAAUUGACGUCCUAGUUAAGAAAUGAGACUUAAUAAUGGAGACUGAAUGAGGCGGUUUGUAUUAAAUUAUAUGCCAUGAAGUGUUCAUUUUAGCUUUAACCUAAUUAUGACUGUACCACCAUGAAGUACAGAAUGAAAAAUAUAUUUAUAUAUAUAUAUAUAUAUAUAUAUAUAUGGGGGGAAACAGAAUGAGUAUCUGAUUCUUUUGAAUGCUUGUGGAAAUCUUUGAAAUAGUGCAGGGCAUGCCACAAAAUAGCCUUUAGAACAAAUACCCAAUUUUACAGUUCAUAGGACAACAUCAAACAUCAGUAAGUCUAAAUAAGAUGAAUAGAAUUUUUGUUAUGUAAAUUUUGCUAGAACAGUCUAUUUUCUUGCACCCCUCAAGUUAACCUCUUAAAAAAAUGAAUGUAUAAUUUCUACCGAAAGAAUAUCAGAAUCUCUCUGGCCUAUAGUGUUAAAAUAUUGUUCACAAAUCCUGAUUAGUUAAGUGCAUACAUUAUGAAGCUUACAGAAUAAAACUUACUAUACAUCUCUUUCUUAAAUUAAUAUCUUUACACAUUUUCAACUGGCUCCCCAAGUCUGAUAAGGAAGGAUUAAAAGAAAAAAGAAAUGUAUUAGUUGGGUGGCCAAGGAGUUUCCUUUGUAAUGUUGAGAGACUUCCGCUUUCUGAAUUUCGCUGGUUCUCUAAGGUAAAAGAGUUAAAUAGUACCCUUGUUCACCAAGGAAAGUGAUCCAAACUAUAUAUCUAGUGCAGAUAUUUCGUUUGCAUUAUUUAGUCUUCUCUGGAGAGAAAAUACAGUUUCCCCUUCCUCUUUCUCUUCACAUUUACUCUUUUCAACCCAUACUCUUUUCAACCCAAAAUAAGAGACAUAGAAAGCAAACCACAGCCAGUUUGGCAUCUUCUCAGUGCUACUAGUAUAGGCACAUACACAUACACAGUCUCAGCAAGGUUAUAAAGAACCCUGUCAAGUCCACUUGGAACAUGGCCUUGCUACUUGGAUUAGCUCCUUUAAGCCUGAAAAUAACUUUCCUGGUCAUGGAAGAACUGGACGCAUCUUUUAACUUAUGAAAUAGAAGUUGAACUUGAAAACUCUUUUUAAAAAAUCCUGGUUUUGCAGGACAGCUACAUAAUGAAUGUAUAUAUUAAGACUGUAGCUGAAUUGCACAUGAAAUCAGAUUGCCAACUUCUUGACUUUCAACGUUAGACAUUUAUCCUUAAGUUGUGAGCGAUAUAUGUAGCAUGCUGUGAAAUGUCUGUUAUAGUUCUUUAAUUCAUCAGUAUUAAUACAGAAUUAUCUUUUGCGUUUCUUGGUACUUUUUAUUCAAUGUAAUCAGAAGCUGUGAUGUUUUGCCUUUGUAGUCCUGUGCUUUGUUACUGUAAUUUUUUUUUUUUUUUUUUUUACGAAGCACGUGACUGGACUAAUGUAAGGCAGAUGACGUGAUCUUUAAGACUGCUAUAUAUAUCAGUCUCUUACUCUAUAAGGUUUUAAAUUAGAAUAAGCUUUUAUCAAAUAGAUAAUUGAUGCAAUUUAGGAUUCACGCAAGUUUCAGUGUCAAAUGGCGGUCUUAUAGUUUCAAUUCUGAAAAUAGCAAACUUAAUAAACAGCCACUUUAAACUUGUUCUGGCAAACCAGACCCUGCUGUAGAUAUAGUCUAAGGUAGUUAACCAUAUAAGCCUUUUCAACUCUUAAUGCCCUCCACAUGAAUCAGCAGUUAAGAAGGUUCUAGAACCCAUGAAAGCUUUUGUAUGUAUUACUAGGUUUUGUUUUUCUUAUGUUGCUGAUUUUACAGUUCUGACUAAAGCUGACCUAAAUGGAUCAGUUUAUGUGUAAUAUUCUAGUGCUUUAAUGACUCUUUUUUUUUUUGGAGGGAGGGUAACAUUAUUUGGACAGAUGCAGAAGGAACUGUUAGUGAGUCAAGACAAACACAUCUGAAAUAAAGGAACUGUGUAUUAACAUGUUAACAAUUCAUAACUGCACUUUUUAUGACAUUUUGAAAAUCUAUUUAUAGGUACAGAACAAUGGGUUUUGUUAAACUGUAUCACAUUUAUACUUGCAGAAAUUUAUUUCAUUGUUAUUAGUAGGAAUUUUAUUGGUUCAAUAAAAUUGGCAAAACUGAACACCAA